AUGGCAUCAGUACCACCGAGUGAACCCCCAGCGGUUAAGAAACGCGGACGCCCGAAGAAAGUCGUAGCCGAGGAUGCGGGGGCGAUACCAGCGGUCGAAGCGAGCAAGGCGGCCGUAAAGAAGGUCGCCGCGAAGCCCGCUGGAAAGGCGAAACCUGUGGAGGUCAAGAAAGAGAAGAAGACGGUUGUGAAAAGCGCAAAGACGGUUGCUCCUCCUGCAACUCCUGCCGCGAAGAAAGAUGCGCCCCAGUCGCCAAUUGCGCUCGAACAACCCACGCCCGUCGCACCGUCUACAAGCAAGAUAUUAGAGGAGGUACAAGCGAAAGGGACGUUCAAGAAGGCACAGUCUGCUGCGAAGGUCGUGGAGAAGGUAGCGUCGAACCCAGGAACCGACAACAAAACCAGCGUCCCCGCCGUCGAAACCAGCAGUAUCAGCAUCCACGAAGCCUCCUCCUCCAAAACCGACUACGAAUCCCACCACUCCACGCCCAACAACAAUCCCCCUCCCCUCACACCCCACAAAAGCACCCUCACCGGUCUCCCCACCUCCAAACCCAUACCCACGUUUCUCAAAACCCACAACCUCCACCCGCCACAUACCGCCAAACCCCUACCCAACCAGCAUCCGUCCCUCAAACCAACAAGCACCUCCGUCCCCACCGCACCGCCAACACCCCACGCGCCUCAUCGAGCCCACACCCGACAUCAGGCUGCCACCCAAAUACAAACCCGCGUCGCGCCGUGUCACAGCGAUAAUGGUGAGUUUACCGAUUGUGUUGGUAUUUGGAUAUGA